CAAAAAUGUAAAUCUAUAGUUCUCGUAAAAUUUUUAUAUCCUUUAACUCUCUCCUCAAACACUACUAUACUAGAUAUUUCCUAAAAAUAAUCUUUUUUGAUCGUGUUUUUGAGCAUUCGAACAGAACACAAAUAACACGAGACGUAAGAGGGUGAUUUUCAACAGAUUAUUAUAGGGAUGUAUUCAUCGUUUUUGUUGCCGGAGUUAGUAAAGGGGAUUGUAGACUAUCUAUCAUACGAAAAUUCGUUGUGCAAAGUUCUUACGAUAAAUAAGACGUGGUAUAGGAUUUCUACCGAAGCAUUAUACCGGCAUGUCAACUUGUAUCCCAAGAACAUUUCGCAGUUUGUGACCGCAAUAGUUGGAAAAAAAGACGCAAUUAAACUGUGUGAAUAUGGCGAGCUUGUUAGAUGCAUAAGCUUGUUUCAUUUCAAAGAUAUCAGGAUUAGCAAACAAAUCAGUACAAUCGCAAAUGUGUGCACUAAAAUAUCCCACAUAAGAAUCUACUAUUGUCCCGGAAUUACAUCAGAAACUCUUACGAAAAUGAUUUCCAAGCAUCAGGAUAAAAUCCACGGCAUCACAAUGGAAACUCACGAAAAAAUUUCCAGAGAAGUUCUCGAGAAGAUUGCAUCCUGCUCCCACUUGGAGGAAUUAAUUCUUAAAACUGUUGGUAGGGGACCUUUUAAUAAUACAGACUUGUUUAUUUCUAUUUUUCGCCAAUGUACCAGUUUACGUGUCCUGGAUGUAGAGCAUGUAUUGUUUGCAACAACAAACGAGAUAAUACAAACAAUAGCUGAGCACUUAAAAUAUAUUUCUGUCCUAAGGCUUGUGACGUAUGGUGAAAGUAUAAUACAAGAAAACGUGUUAAUGUCCCUAGCUCAAUCUUGCGUUUACAUUACGGACUUCUAUCUAGAUGGAAUCACAGGGAUAACUGAUAAUGUUAUGCGAGAUUUGUGCCACAAAAAAAACUGUAACUAUUUUGUCAGAAGAAAAUGUAAUUGUUUCGGACUGUUAGAGUGUAAAACAAAGAACAAAACGAACAAUCUAGUUCACAUUUUCUUGAGAAACGUAGGACUUAAACAUCCUAUUACUACCCAAUCGUUAUUACAUAUCGCAGGCAAUUGUCCGUCGCUUCACACAUUAGAAAUAACGGGGUGUCAUUUAUCAGACCUAGCCAUCCAGUCACUAGUACAUUCAUGUAAAAAAAUCCAGCGCCUUUGUCUCGGAAACGAAGAUUUUUUGUUCACAGAUGUGGUCUUGCUGAGGAUAGCAGUGGAGCUCUCUGACAUUCGGGAAUUGACCGUAGUGAAUUGUCAAUUAACAGACGAAUCUAUGGUCAGUCUUGGACAACUAUGCAACAAGCUCGAGAAGUUGCAAUUUAUCAAUCGUAGGGGAGGUGGGAGGAUGAUGCAGAUAACAGAUCGAACAAUAUUUGCCUUUGCAAAAAGCCUCCGGAGUUUGUCAUAUCUAAGAUUGUCAGAUUGCGGUGAAAUACUUUACAGAAACUUGUAUAUUUGA